UGUCAGCAAACUGUUCAAUUUUCAUAUGUUUUUCAGUUUGUUAUAUUUCUAACGUCAUUAGCAAUUCGACUUUUCUGUUCGGUGUUGAAAUGCCUUUGUUCUCGGUUUCGGUUUCACGAUAGUGCCGUAUUAACAUGAGUUUCGCAUUAGUCGUGAGGUAUGUGUAAACAAGUGUAAAUGUCAUGACUUUACAAGGUGUCAAGCGAAAAGUUGUCACCGUGAGCGACUUCCGGUUUACGGGACGCCUGCUGGGAAAGGGAAACUUUGCCCGAGUCGAAGAAGCCGUCCACAACGUCCUCAAUGUCAAGGUGGCGGUGAAGAUAAUCGAUAUCAGAGAAAUCAAGGAAAAGUACGUCGUAAAAAACUUGCACAGAGAAGCCCGCAUAAUGUCGACAUUGAAUCACCCCUGUAUAGCGUCUCUUUUCCAGACCAUGCAGUUGGCUGAUAACGUGUACUAUCUGGUUACCGAGCUUGUUUCCGGAGGUGAUCUUUGUUCUUUCAUCAUUGGCCAACGUUAUGGGAAGUUGGAAGAACGCCCAGCAAGAGUUUAUGCAAGACAAUUCGCUUCUGCUUUGGCUCAUAUGCACAGUUAUGGAAUCGUCCACAGAGACCUCAAGAUGGAGAACGUGAUGCUGAACUCGUCGCAGACGCAGAUAAAAAUCGUGGAUUUCGGUUUAAGCAACGUCUGGACCAGCGAAAAUCCUCUGCGAACCCACUGCGGGUCCCCGGAGUACGCCGCUCCGGAGCUUUUCAUUGCCGGGAGAGAGUACGGACCGGAAGUCGACCUCUGGAGUCUGGGGAUCAUUUUCUACGGCAUGGUCGUGGGGCAGCUGCCCUUUGUCGGGGGGCGAAAAAAUCAAGUGUCGUCGCAGGAACGCAGAAAGCGACUCGUGGCGCAAAUCAACAAGGGCCUGGGGGCCACGCAACGCCAAGCUCUGGCCCCCCUAUCGCCCGAAUUCCGCACGAUGUUAAACAAACUGCUUGCACCUGAACCGGUGAAAAGGAUCACCACGAAGGAGCUCAUCACACAUCCGUGGAUCACGGAAAAGGGCCGGAAAUGCGUGCAAAUGCACCCGUUUAAAGAGCUGGAUAACGACACCCGAGCCCAAAUGAUUAGAAAGUUGGGCGAGCUGUUCCAAGUGGACGCGACCACGGUUACGACGGAAUUGUUCAAAAACCCGUACGGGAGACUUGGCGGAAUAAACAACAUUUUGUACUACAAACACAUAAACGAACAAUUUAAUCCCGAACUUAUCGCAACUACAAUACAAAAUUCAGCGCCGGAAACAGUUCCUGUUAAACCUACAACGAAACCAAAAUCUGCCUCAUUAGCAAAAUCGCAGCAUACCCUCUACAACCAAUGCAUUGUUUUAUUAAAUAAAGUUUCAAAACAACAAACGGAAGCCAGAUCAAAAACUGCAAACCCUGCACUAACGCUCACAAAAAACAUCGCGAAACUUUCGCGAUCGAAAGCUCAAUCAGCAAAACCGACUUACUCAAAAACAAAUUGCGUCGUAAUCAACCGAAAGACUAGAGAAGAUGCUGCUAAAACGCCAAAUUCGGUUAAAAAAGCAACGUCCGCGAAGCCCCAGAUGGGCGACCCGAAGCGGCGUCCUGCCACCACGGGGACGACACGUCCCGCCACAAAACCGAUAAAACGCAGCAGUGUGUCGUCAGCAAUGCCACCGAUGUGCAAGUCAAGCAACCGAGAAUUUCAACGCCGCCAGAUAUGCAUAAAUCCAGCAGGAAUGGGAGACGCGAUACCCUCAAAAAGAGAACUCUCCAGUGUUGCUUUGCAAAAGCAGCGGUCCAAGGAUCCUCUAGCUAACGAGCCGAUCGCGCGAUCGAUCGCUGGAUACUUAAUAAAAAAUGUUCCAGAUUAUAUGUUUAACUCACAAACGAUGCGGAAAUAAUACACAGUCGCGUCUAAGUGUAGGAAUUGUAGGCGAAAGUUGGUUUCCUACAGUGUGAAAAAAUUGAUAAAUAAAGUAAUAAUUUAAUAUUUU